AUGGGAACACAUUCGCAUGGUCUGAACCCUUCCUCAGAUGAUCUUGAAAGGGCCACAAAUUCUCAUUACAACCUUCUUGGAUCAUACCUAGGAAGUGAGGAAAAAGCCAAAGAUGCCAUCUUUUACUCGUAUAAUAAAUAUAUUAAUGGAUUUGCUGCAAUUCUUGAUGAGGCAGAAGCUGCAGAAAUUCAAAGUGUUUGGCCUGAAUCAAAAAGCUUUAGUGAGUACGAAGGGAUUGGGCCUAUUCCAUCAAAGUGGCGUGGAAGUUGUCAACCAGUCAUUGAUGAUAAAAUCCAUUGUAAUAGGAAGCUGAUAGGAGCAAAGUACUUUAAUAAAGGUUAUCUUGCAUAUCUAAAGACCGUCAACGCCUCUACACUCAACAAAAACUUUUUCACUAGUCGGGAUGACUAUAAUGGGCAUGGGACUCAUACUCUUUCCACAGCUGGGGGAAGCUUUGUCCCUGGUGCAAAUAUGUUCGGCAAUGCAAACGGCACUGCAAAGGGUGGCUCUCCCAAAGCCCGCGUCGCCGCUUACAAAGUUUGUUGGACUCCAAUCAAUGGCAUACCGUGCGUUGAUGCUGACAUUAUGGCAGGAUUUGACGAGGCAAUAAGUGAUGGUGUUGACGUGCUUUCCAUCUCUCUUGGUGGUCACCCUCAAGAAUUUUUUGAGGACGCAAUCUCAAUUGGGGGUUUUCAUGCUAUUAUGAAUAAUAUUGUUGUGGUUGUCUCAGCUGGCAACAAUGGACCUGAUCCUGAGACUGUGAGUAAAGUGUCACCGUGGUUAUUAACUGUGGCAGCUAGUACAAUCGACCGUGACUUCAAUAGUUAUGUAACUCUUGGAAACAAGAAGCAACUUAAGGGAUCAAGCCUUUCCUCAAGUACCUUGCCAUCUAAAAAAUUUUAUCCGUUGAUCAGCGGGUCAAAAGCUGCUAAAGUAGAUCCUUUAUCUGCUCAAAAAUGUUUGCCGAAAAGCCUUGAUCCAAAGAAAGUAAAGGGGAAGAUCUUGAUUUGUUAUGUUGGGGAUGGAAGUUCACCCCUUGAAAAGGGUCACCAAGCUUUUAUUGCGGGUGCUGUAGGAGUGGUUCUAAUUAAUGAUAUCUUGCUUAAUGACAAUGAUCCCGAUCCUCAUCUUCUUCCUUCAUCUCAUCUCAAUGGCACUCAAGGAAAAUUUGUAUACGAGUAUCUCAACAGUACUAGAAACCCUAAAGCUUACAUAACUCGGACAAAAACUGAAGUAGAAGUAAAGCCAUCCCCAAUCAUGGCUUCAUUUUCAUCCAGAGGACCUAAUGUCAUUGAGCCAGCUUUGCUCAAGCCGGAUGUCACAGCACCAGGAGUGAAUAUUCUUGCAGCGUUUCCUGAAGCUUUCGGCCCAAGUGAUCAACUACCAUUUGAUAAACGUCGGGUCCAAUUUAACAUAAUGUCAGGAACUUCAAUGGCAUGUCCUCAUGUUUCAGGGAUUGUUGGUCUUCUCAAAACCCUUCACCCAAAUUGGAGUCCUGCCAUCAUUCAUUCGGCGAUCAUGACAACAGCUAGAAUACAAGAUAGCAACAAGGGACCACUGUUGGACUGGAAUAGAAAAAAAGCAACACCUUUUCAAUAUGGUUCAGGCCAUAUCCAACCAAAUCGAGCAAUGGACCCUGGGCUUGUCUAUGACACAACUAUUGAUGAUUAUUUAAACUUUUUAUGUGCUCACGGCUAUGAUGAAACAAUGCUGAAAACAUUUACCAAGAAGCCAUAUAAAUGCCCCACCUCAUUCAAUAUAGCCAACUUCAACUACCCUUCGAUUGUGAUUACCAAUCUUAGUUCACCGUCUGUGAUAGUUACUAGAAUAAUUAAGAAUGUUGGUGCCCCAGGCACUUACAAGGCUUAUGUAAGGGCCCCAAUUGGAGUUUCUAUAUAUGUUAAACCUACCAGCUUGACUUUUGGCAAAAUUGGUGAGGAAAAGAAAUUUGAGAUUAUUUUGAAGCCAAAGGUUGCCAAGAAGACUGAAGACUAUGUGUUUGGACAACUUAAAUGGUCAGAUGGGAAACACUAUGUCCGGAGUCCUAUAGUAGUCAAGUACUAG